AUGAUGGAGGGUUGGAAAGACAUCCAACAAAGCAAAAACGAUGGGGAGAUGAAGUUGUGGGAGCGGCAGGAUACUAGGGAGGAUUUAUUCGAAAAUGUGGGAGUUACCCAGCCUUUCCUUAGGUCAAUCCCUUCUAUUUCUCCUGGUUCAUUUGGCCAAAGAGAAGGAAAAGAUGGUGGUUCCAUUGUUGGGUUUGAUACAAAUGCAGCAUAA